UUGGAUUUUCACUGCCAAAAGUUGAAAUGCGGAGGUUAGCAUUCUGUUUACUGCUCAUCGGGUGCGCUCAUGCCGUCAAGAUCGGCGUGAUUCUGCCACCCAAAGCUCAGCCCGUGCAACGAAUCUUCGAAGGGGUCGUCUCACCCUUCAAUGGAUCGCGCCCCUCACCUGACGGAGACUUCAAAGUGGGUUCCUUCUUCGCCGAAGUAGCGAACAACGACGUUUUCUCAGUGACACGAGAAUUGUGCACUCAGCUCCGUCAUCAAGUGACCAGCGUGGUCGUUUCAUCACCGCUCACUUCAAGAGUGCUGCAAGGACUUUUCAAGAAUACCAAUGUCAACUACCUCACAACCUCCUAUCAGGAUCACUGCCGCUCAGAUCUGGUUUCGACGGCCAGGAGGUACACUCCGCCCUCUGACAAGCUGAGCCUCUCUCUGAUGCCGGAUGUCAUACCGGCGAUCGCAGACACCAUCGACCAUUUCCAAUGGUCGUCUUUCAUCUUCCUGUACGACUCUGACUCCGGCACUCAGAAAUGGCAGCGACUCCUUUCGUACAAGUACAAGACGGGCCCCGUGACAAUGCGGUACGCCAAGCGUGUCAGUGUUGCUAAAGAAGCGAACGAUUUCCUGAAAGCCGUCGAUCAUGCUGAUCGAGACUCGAAUAAAUACGUUGUCCUGGACGUCCCCUUCGAGAAGGCGAAGGAGAUCAUCACACAGCACGCACGAGACUCGCAUGUCGGGAAGCGGAACUUCCAUUUCCUUCUGGCCCAGCCGGUAGUGAACGAGCUCACCCAGCAAAGUGUUCCCGAAUUCUCCAUCGUCAACAUCACCGUUCUCAAGCUGACCGGGCUCGGAGACGCUUUCCGUGGAUUUUUCGACAGACUCGGACGCGGUGGAGAGCAGUCCCAAUGGGCCGACAUCACCGAAGAAAAACUCACCGUCGAGCAAGCUCUGAUCCACGAUGCCGGUCAAGUGAUCGUGUCGACCUACAAGGAAUUGAAAAGUAACGGACAAAUACCACGCAAGCACUCGGAAAUCUUCGAAGCUUUCCUCCGUAUCGACAAUCCGCCUACGGAAGUUGCGACCUGCGAUGUGGACAAGAUUAGCGCUGCGCUCGAACUCGGAGACGUGAUCGGGAGACACAUGAAGCAGAAUCCGAUCUUUCAGCAAUCCCUCCAAGGAUUGAGUGGACGUGUCGAGUUCAAUCUCGACGGUUGUCGAAAGAACUACGUCGUCGAUGUAUUGCGUCUGGCCAAAGACGGCCGUCUCGUCAAGCUUGCCCAAUGGGAGUACGGGAAAGGAUUCGCAGUCGCGUCGCCUCAGAUCAAUCGCCAGAAAGAGCACAAAAUCAAUCCCCAUCGGACCUACGUGAUCUCCACAAUUCUGGAGGAACCAUUCCUCUUCGAGAAGGAAGCCGAUCCCGAGGUUUAUCACGCUGAUCCUAACAGUAAACUUCAAGGUUACCUGAAGGAUUUGGCCGACGAGAUCGCCAAACUGAUCGGAAUCCAUUACGAGUUCCACGUCACGAAGGAUGGUGAAGUCGGUUCGCAGUCCACAGGAUCGCCCGGAGGAUGGGGAGGGAUUGUCGGCGAUCUCCUCCAGGAGGCAGCUGACUUCGGCUUAGCAUCUCAGCCCGCCUCGAAAAGCCUCCGUGGUGUCGUCGAGUUCAGCCGGCCUUUCCUCCACACGGGGAUCGCAGCCUUAGCUUCAACGAAAUCGAAACCCGACUGCACCAAAAUGCUCCUCACGUUCCUUCGACCUUUCGGCUGGCCCCUCUGGAUCAUGAUUGCGUCGGCUUUCGGGAUCGUAUUCUUGCUGAUGCUCAUCUUCUCCUUAUGCGUUGCACGCGCUGAAUCGAAGAAAGGAGUUGAACACGCUACGUCGUUCUGUGACGAUCUCUACAACUCAUUGAACUUUUCCGUUGACGCGUUCACGCCGCACUACAUCGACUCGUACUACGCAAGAUCAAUCGCGGGACGUGUCAUCUCGAACUUUUGGUGGGUGUUCAUACUGCUAGUCUUCUCGGCGUACACAGCUCAACUGGUACCGCUCCUGAAAAACGGAAGCGCGAGCCACUUCAACCCGGAACUGACCAACGUCUCACAGCUGGCCAACCAAGAUGAGAUAAAUUACGGCUUCGCUCGCGGGUCCCUUGCCGAGACCUACUUCCAUGCCCUUCGAACAAACGACUCCCUAUUAGAGUCCAUCGCUGAAAAGAUGCGUCUCCAAUCACACUCGGAACCAAUCGACAGCGACGAGGAAGGAAUCGACAAAGUUCGCAGCUCAAAUGGCAGUUUCGUAUUCUUCUUGGACUCGAACAAAGCGGACUUCGUGAGCUCUCGAGCGCCCUGCGACACAUUCCGGGUUGACGGACGUCCUUUGGGGCUCAGAGCGAUAGGAGCGAUCCUGCCGAGAGAUUCUUACCUCAAGAAAGCCAUCGAUGAUGCCAUCACUAAACUCUACGAACGCGGGGUUCUGGACAAAAUACAUGAGAAAUGGUGGUUGACGAAAUCCAAUUGCAGCCACAAUCACCGGGAAGUUCCAGUCAUGGGAACCAAUAUCUAUCUGUACAAUUUCCUUGGAAUUCUCGCGAUUCCAGCCGCAGGUAUCGCGGUAGGAUUCGUGUUUGCGUUCUUCGAAAUCUGCUACAGGGCCUGUACUCGCGGUCGACGUCUGCGACAGCUCAAACGCCAACAGCUCACUCAGGAAGCUCGCGGAGAAGCUGAGCCAGGAUUCUCGGACAUCCGGGGCAAGGAAGAUGAACAACUUGCUUGCCAGCCCGCUUUUACAUCGGCCUGAGCAAUUUCCCUCGCUUCUUCUCGGGUGAUGUUUCGCAUGUCUCCGGGUGAAUGCUCCACGAUUUCCUAAAUGUACGGAGCUGUAGCCCGAGCGCAUAUAGAUGGGGUGAAUGAACAAUUCGAUGCGAAAAAAUUCGGCAACAUUGGCAAAUAAAGUAUGCGCUCUACAUGAAGCUCUUCGUUCAAGCUGAGGCUCGGAUCGGAUUGCCUGACGA